GGCCGGUUGCGGCGGGAGGCGGCCGGACCGCCCCGCGCCGGGCAUGGUGUGCGGGCGGGGGGGCUGCUCCGCCGCCCGCCGCCCCCCCGCGCCAUGGAGCUGGAGAACAUCGUGGCCAACACCGUCCUGCUCAAGGCCCGCGAAGGAGGUGGCGGCAAGCGGAAAGGCAGGAGCAAGAAGUGGAGGGAGAUCCUUCGGUUCCCACACAUCAGCCAGUGCGAUGAGCUGCGGAAGAGCCUGGAGCGGGACUACGGCAGCCUGUGCCAGAAGCAGCCCAUCGGCCGGCUGCUCUUCCGGCAGUUCUGCGAGACGCGGCCGGAGCUCCUGCGCUGCAUCCGCUUCCUGGACGCCGUGGCGGACUACGAGCUCUCCCCGGAUGAGAAGCGGAAGGAGAUGGGGGAGGAGAUCAUCCGCCGGUUCCUCAAGGAGGAGUCCCCGGAUUUCCUGCCCGAGGUGGGCCAGCCCCACGCCAGCCGGUGCCUGCAGGACCUGCAGAAGAGCCCCUGCAAGGACCUCUUCAGCAGCUGCCUGCGCCCCCUGCACGAGUACCUGAGCGGGGACCCCUUCGCCGACUACCGGGACAGCAUGUAUUUCGACCGGUUCCUGCAGUGGAAGUACCUGGAGAGGCAGUCGGUCACCAAGGACACGUUUCGGCAGUACCGGAUCCUGGGCAAGGGCGGUUUUGGAGAGGUGUGCGCCUGCCAGGUGCGGGCCACGGGGAAGAUGUACGCCUGCAAGAAGCUGGAGAAGAAGCGGAUCAAGAAGCGGAAAGGGGAGGCGAUGGCUCUGAACGAGAAGCAGAUCCUGGAGAAGGUCAACAGCCGCUUCGUGGUGAGCCUGGCGUACGCCUACGAGACGAAGGACGCGCUCUGCCUGGUGCUGACCAUCAUGAACGGCGGCGACCUCAAGUUCCACAUCUACAACAUGGGCAACCCCGGCUUCGAGGACGAGCGCGUGAUCUUCUACGCGGCGGAGAUCUGCUGCGGGCUCCAGCACCUGCACCAGGAGGGCAUCGUCUACCGGGACCUGAAGCCGGAGAACAUCCUGCUGGAUGAUGAUGGCCACAUCAGGAUCUCCGACCUGGGGCUGGCUAUCAAGAUCCCCGAGGGCGAGACCAUCCGCGGCCGCGUGGGCACCGUCGGCUACAUGGCCCCGGAGGUGAUCAACAACGAGCGCUACGCCUUCAGCCCCGACUGGUGGGGCCUGGGCUGCCUGGUGUACGAGAUGAUCGAGGGGCAGUCGCCCUUCCGCGCCCGCAAGGAGCGGGUGAAGCGGGAGGAGGUGGAGAAGCGGGUGCAGGAGGACCAGGAGCCCUACUCGGACAAGUUCAGCGAGGAUGCCCAGGCCAUCUGCAAGAUGCUCCUGGCCAAGGACCCCAGGCAACGGCUGGGCUGCGGGGCCGACGGGGCGGCUGAGGUGAAGCGCCAUCCCUUCUUCAGGACCAUCAACUUCAAGCGCCUGGAGGCUGGCAUCAUGACGCCCUCCUUUGUGCCGGACCCCCGGGCGGUUUAUUGCAAGGACGUGCUGGACAUCGAGCAGUUCUCGACGGUGAAGGGCGUCAACCUGGACCAAACCGACAACGAUUUCUACGCCAAGUUCGCCACCGGCAGCGUCCCCAUCCCCUGGCAGAACGAGAUGAUCGAGACCGAGUGCUUCAAGGACCUCAACAUGUUCGGACCCAGCGGGACGCGCUCCCCCGACCUGGACUGGAGGCAGCUGCCCGAGCCCCCCAAGCGCAGCCUUCUGCAGAGGCUCUUCCGACGACACCCGGCCGACUACACCAUCGGCACCACCAUCCACCCCCCGGCCCCGGCCGCCGUGAACUCGCACCCUCCCGCGGCCAACGCCGCCUGCCGAGCCCCGGCCCCCUCCUGACCCCUCUCGCCGUCCCAGGGGAGCCCCCAGCCCCCCCGUGCCCUCUCAGGGUUAUCUCGGGCCGGCGCUGGGGCCGGGGUCCCCGGGAGAUGCUCGCCGAGGCGGGAUGCUGGCGGGGACGGACACGGGCUGCCCGCGUGGGCAGGGAGCGAUGGAGGGACCGACCCCAACCCUGGCAGCCCCCCCCGCCCCCUUUGCCCCAGGCUGUUCUCUGGGGCUCCUGCAGGACCACCCCCGUCCACCCCCCCUGGGAAGGGGCCAGGGCAGGAGCCUAUUUCUGCUGCGUUUGAGCCCGUUUAUCUUAUCGCCAGCUCCGCGCGCGACCUCUGCGGGCGUGGGGGGGGCUGCGGGUUUAUCUGCGCUUUCCAAAUAGAAACAAAGGCAGCCUUGGAGCGGGGGGACACCCCCGGCUCUCCCCCCAGCCCUGCUGCCGCAGGAGGGACAGGGUCACCCUGACAGAGCCCCCUCCCCGGGCACACGCAGCCUUCCCCGCUCCUGCUCCGGCCACCGCCGUGUGAAACGGGCUCAGAAAAGGGAAUUUUUUCAAACGCGGGGGGGCUCUCCUCAUCCUCGUGGGACGGCUCAGGGCAGCCGUGGGGUGCCCCAGCCUUGCGCGAGGGGGGGACGUUGCACGUGGGUGUGCAACGGGCAGCAUCCGUGGGUGGGGGGGGCUGUGCUGGGGGUGCCCGGGACCCCCCCCCCGCCCCGUGCCUUUGGGCCCCGGUGAAUCUCUUUCUCCGGCGCCUUUGGUUUACAUUCGAAUCCGGGUUUUGUACAUUUGUAGAGAGUUGUAAAUAUUUGUACGUUUGAGCGCCUGGAUGUACAUUUUUAAGCUAAAAGCUGCAAACGGAGCUGCGUGGUGACUUUGCGUGGGGACGGGGAGGGGGGCGUUUUGUCGGGGACGGGGGCUCCGCGGGGCUGUUUUGCCUCCCCCGGUGUUUUCUCCCUCCUCCUGCCCCACGGGACGCGGGUGGGAGGGAG